CCUGAUGUACAGGUGGUGAGACGCACAAGACUCCCAUCUACUGUGGUUGGUAAUGUCUCGCUUUUAGCCAUUCUUCGUAAGAAUAUUGGAAAAGAUCUCUCUACAAUUUCUAUGCCAGUUGGUAUAAAUGAGCCCUUGAAUUUACUCCAAAGGCUCUGUGAAGAGCUGGAGUACUCUGAAUUACUUGAAAAAGCAUCUGCACAAACUGAGUCUAUUGAUCGCUUGAUGUAUGUUGCUGUGUUUGCUGUAUCUGGAUAUUCGGCUACAAAUUACAGACUUGGUCGCAAAUUGUUUAAUCCACUUAUGAGCGAAACAUUUGAGUGCAUACGACCUGACAAAGGGUUUCGAUUCAUUUCUGAAAAAGUUUCCCAUUCCCCAGCUGUUAUGGCCUGCCAUGCAGAGUCGAAGAGCUUUCAAUUCUGGCAGACUUCUCUUGGAAAAACCAAAUUCUGGGGAAAGUCUAUGGAGCUUAUAUUCAAAGGAGCAGUUCAUGUUACACUGACCGGGCACUCGGAUGGCGUGUUUAGUUACACUAAACCUUCUAGUUGGUUACGCAACAUGAUGGCUGGAUGCAAGUACCUUGAGCAUGUAGGCGAAAUGCGUGUCCAAAAUGAGGUCACAGGCGAAUACGCUAUUGUUACAUUCAAAGGUGCCACUGGUGGCGGAUUCUUUGGUGGUCUUCCGACUGAUAGAAACUCGGUGGUGAUUAGUUGCCAUGGUUCCGAUGGCCAAAAGUUGCGGGAGGUACAAGGAAAAUGGAGUGAGGAAUUAUGGCAAAUGACUGGAGAGACAAAGUCCAGAUUAUGGAAGUCACAGCCCCCUCCUUUUGAAGACAAUCUAUCGUAUUACGGAUUUACGCAAUUUGCUAUGGAGCUCAAUGAGAUAUCUUCACUUGAAGAUGCUAUCCCUCCUACCGAUACACGUCUUAGACCAGAUCAACGCUUAUUCGAGCAAGGUCAGGUUGAUGAAGCCGAUGAUGUAAAACUUAGGAUUGAACAACAGCAAAGAGAGCGAAGAAAGGACAUGGAGCUUCAAGGAGAACAGUGGAAUCCAUUGUGGUUUGAAAGCCACCAGGAUCCUAACGAUCCUCUUGGGGAGACUUGGAAAUAUAAAGGUGGCUACUGGGAAGCAAGACGUAGCAAGAAAUGGCCAUCAGAUAUGCUGACUCUAUGGUAG